AUGAACAACCAGGCGCGGGCCCCAGCCCCAGUCCGGGCUUCGACUCCGGCCCGGACUUCGACCCCGGCCCAGACCACGAUCCCGGUCCGGACCCCGGCUCCGGUCCGGGCCCCGACUCCAGUCCGGGCGCCGGCUGUGGUCCGGACUCCCACCCUGAUCCGGACCUUGGCUCGGAUGCGGACCCUAACUCCAGUCCGGGUCCCAGCCCCAGCCCCAGCCCAAGUGCCAGCUGUAGCCCCGGCUCCUGUCCCCAGCUCCAACCUCAGCCCCAGCUACAGCCCCAGCUCCAGCCCGAGCCCCAGCCCGACUCCAGCCCGAGCGCCGGCCGUGGUCCCUGCCUCAGAAUCCUUCCGGAAUCUGGUCCCACUUUUGGAUCCGCCUCCAGAACCUGCUCCGGAGCCAACUUUGUCGUCUGAUAACGAUUCUGCGCCAGGGCCGAGUUUGAGGCACGACCCAUCGGUCACCAGCUUAGCCGUGUCCAUCCGAGAGUCCCUUCCCGCGCUCACUCCAUCAGCCACUAAUAUACUGGGGCCCACCUUAAGGGCAGACCCAUCGGCCACCAAGUUGACGGAUUCCCCCGCUCCUGGACCUAUCCCGGCGCCCAUGCUGGAGACUGCCCCAUCGGCCAUCGCCUUACAGAUUUCUACGGACACAUUCGCUUCCACCAGCAAGAACUUCCACAUGGACAAGAUCAUGAUUCGAGUGAUCUACUGUGGCCUCUGAAGCUAUGGCCUUCGGUACAUUCUACUGAAGAAGAGUCUGGAGCAGCAAUUUCCAAAUCACCUGCUUUUUGAGGAGGACAGAGCUGACCAGGCUACCGGGGAGUUCGAAGUGUUUGUGGAUGGGAAACUGGUCCAUUCCAAGAAGAAAGGCGAUGGCUUUGUGGAUGAGGCCAGGCUGCAGAAAAUUGUGAGCAUUAUCAAUGAGGAGAUCAAGAAAAGGUAG